ACUGAAGAAGAGAAACGACGUAAUUUACCAAUUGUUAUGCCAAAUUUUGAUCGACAAACUUGUAAUAUUUCACAGUCACAAUUAUCAUUUAUUGAUUUCUUUUUAAAAGGAAUGUUUUCAGGAUUUGAUUGUAAGUUCUUGGCAAAUUUCUGA